GCACAUGGACCUGGCACAAAAUUCCCACCCCAGAUUCUUGGUUCUUUUGUAGAGAAAACCUUUCUUCCCUAUCCGCGUCUUCAGGGAAGGCAGUGCAGAGAGCCUGGCCCUCUGCUUCCAGAGGUGGGGAGAGUCAGGAUCUGGGGAAGUGUCAUCAGUUUGCCAGUGGGCAGGGGAUCUGCUUUCCCUCCGAUGCCAAUAUGGGACUACUGAGUAGGAAAGACACGCAGUUCUCUUGCCUCUUUAUAAACCCUAGAAAUAAAAUUGGAGGCCUGGGGACCCUUCUCCUUCCCUGUCAUCCUUUCCAAGGUUUGAGGGAGGGUUUGUGCCAUGGCCGGUCCCUGCCCCCAUUAGGGCAUAAGGGCCGUCCUGACUCCAAUCUGUCCUCUCCUCCCCUCCAGGUGAAGAAGGCCGUCCUUCAUUUCGUCAGGACACUGCUCAGUGUGCAGGGCCUGGAUGACUGGGCCUGGGACUUAGUGGCCUAUAUUUUCAAGCAGUCCAGCUUGUCUAGGAGCCAAAUGCCACAUUUCCUAAGGUUCAGGGGCUGCUGGCGCGACUCCUGGUGGUUGCCUCGGCCCUGGGUGACAGCAGCCGCGCACAUUCUGCCCUGCGGGCACUGUGGGCUCUGCACCGCAUGAUCCACCCUGCUGUUGGAGAGCAGUGGAGGGUCAAGAUUCCCAUCCUGCUCUCGACUAUUGAAGCUUCAGGAAAUCCUGAGACCUCCCAGGACAAUGUGUGGUGGGAGCACCUGCUGCUGAAGUUCCUGAACAUGACACUGAAGAGCAUUGCUGACGAUGCCUGGAGCAGUCAGCUGAGCCUGGAGCUGCAGCACCAGACAGCCAGUUAUGCCUGCUCCUCCCCGGAGAAGAGUUUCCUAUAUAAGGCACUUGGUACCACUUUGGCCUCUUGCCAGGAUGUUGCCCAUGUGAAAUCCCAGCUCCAGAAAUCUCUGAAGGGCACAGAUUACAUGAACGCUUCUGAGAGAGAGCACGUUGUGACCAUCCUGGCAUUCUCAGCCGAGGGCCACCUGGACCUCACCCUGGGCACAAUGGAGGACUUUGGUGUGGCUCUGAGUAAAGUGCAGGUGUCUGGCAUAGUCGGCCGCCUGCAGGACUAUCACCAAGGGAAAAGAGCCAGGACCCACAGGGCCUUGAUACUGGCCUACGGCCGAAUUGCUAUCCAUGCCCCCCGAACACAGCUGCUCCCCCGCGUGGAGCAUGAUCUCAUCAGGAAGGUCCUGCAGUAUUACAUGACCAGCUGCCAGGUGCUUGGCAUCAACUUUGUCAAUAAGGACCCGGACCUAAAGCUGACCCUGAUCCGGUCGGUCACUGAGAUCAGCCGUGCCAUCCAGGACGCAGACGACUCCCAGAGCUUCCAGUUUGCUUACAAAGAGGAGCUCCUGGGGUACAUGCUGGACUUCAUGAAAGAGGAACCAAUGGAUUCCUUGGCCUCUCCUGUUCGCCUCAGGGCCAUGCUUGCCAUUAAGCACCUGAGCAAGGUGAAACCCUCACUAAAUCGGGAUGAAAACAGAAACAUCCUGGAUGACUGCUUAAAAUGCCUGCUGCCUCUUCCAGCUGUUCAGCAGCUGAGGGAAAAGAGUGAGACCUCUCAGGACUCUGUCCAAGUACAGGCACUGCACGAGUUGUCCAUGCAGGCCUUGGGCGAGCUCAUGAGGGGCCUCCUUGAAGAAGACCCCGCUGAGAAUUGGUUCAUGGAAAUGGUCCAUCUGCUUGAGCCAUGGAUCUUCUCUGACAAGGAGCGGGAGAGAGAGAGGGCCUUGCAGGCCAGCUCCCAGCUUCUUGUUGCCUAUCAGGAGACAGUCUAUUGCAGACUACAAGAGCCUUUGGAGCAGUUUGGGUCCCUGCUGGGGCUGCUGGCCCCAUACACUUGCAGCUAGCUGUCUUGCUGCAUCCCGCCUGUGGGCCGCCGACUGCAUUUUCUGCCUUCUGCAGCUACAAAGCCAGUCCGGGACAAUGGAUGCAGCAGAGGGGGAGCUGAGAGGUCUCCGGGAGGAGCUCAAAGCUGCCAGCCCUGAGGCUGUGCUGACAUCAUCCUGCCAAAUGGCGAAGGUC